UCUAGUUUCUUUAGUCCAUGGUGAUUGGUACAUAUGGGAAAGUAGCUUGCGUUUCAUCAUUAAUGGAUCCGUGAGUAGUGCUCUAUUCGGAAGAGACUUUCAAGCGUACAUAACGUUACGGAAGUUUAAAUUAAUCUCGGCCAGCUGUGUUAAAGAUAAUUGACAUUUUAACGUGACAUAACCUCAAACAUUGUAAAAGAUGUCUCAUGAUCAUGCUGCUCAUCUAAUGAAUGGCUCUGGUAGUCAUGGAACACACGAUCAUCAAGCUAUGGCUGGUAUGGAUCAUUCGAGCAUGGGACAUGGUGCACACGAUCACCGUGCUUCCCUAGCUAUGGGGACGAAUGAUACAGGAUGCUCUGGUCAUGAGAUGCAUGGAAUGUCUAUGUUUUUCCAUGGUGGAUUCUGUGAAACUGUUCUUUUUGAGAGCUGGAAAGUUUCGUCGGUGGGUGGUCUGAUAGGAUCUUUCAUUGGUAUACUGAUAAUGGCUGCUUUAUACGAAGGCCUCAAAUAUUAUCGUGAAUACCUCUUCUGGAAAACGUAUAACGCGUUGCAGUACAGAAGUGUGACAAUGCCCCAAGAGAAGAAUGUUGUUGCAGAGGACAACCAGGUUGUGCAUAUGGUCGGGGAGGUUAUCCACAAGCAGCCACCGACGAUGUUCUCAUGGAUGCACGGCUUCCAGACCUUCCUGCAUAUUGUACAGAUCGUUCUCUCCUACUUCCUGAUGUUAAUAUUCAUGACGUAUAACGUAUGGCUCUGCAUCGCCGUAGUCCUCGGCGCCGCUAUUGGCUACUUCCUCUUCGGCUGGAAGAAGUCUGUCAUCGUUGACGUCACGGAACACUGUCACUAGGGAACAAUCUACCGGACGUGUCUGGCAACAAAUUUUUCUACCCAGAAAGUAUCUCUAUAAUAAUUACAUUGUAAUUAAAGUUUUAAAACCUAAUUGUUGUGAAGACAAUAUAGGUGGCUGAUCAGCGCACGCAGGGACGCAAACGUUACUGAUUUACAUUGAUUACAUGAAGUGACAUCAGGCUCUACGAGACCGAACUGUCUUAUAUAGAAUACGUAACGCGUAUGUGCCAAAAGAUUAGUUCCGCCCACGACUCUGCCUCAGGAAAAAUUUUGUAUUCUUGACCAAAGAGAAAAAUUUAAGGAGCAAUACUCGGUGCUAAAUUUGGGACUCAACGUGGUUUUUUAAUUUUUAAUAUAAUUUCAUCUUUUUUAAAAUUAUUAAUAAAUCAUCGAGCAUAUCCUUCGAAGUGAUUAUUUGAGUGAUGCUGUAGUACAGAAUGGUGGCGAAGGAGUAAACUGAUGUAAGGGCGGGAGCGAAAUCUUUUAAAAAUGCCUGAAUUUAUCUACGCACUCGACUUGUAUAUACUAUUAAAAUUAUCAUGUACUUUUUUAAUGCGAGGCGCAAAGCCUGGACGAUUUAUGCAUAGAUAAGAUUUGUGCCCUUUUUAAAAAAAGUAUGUAGUGACGAUAUGAUAGCCCUGCGUUCGUUUUAUUUCUAUUUUUUUCAAAGCGAAAUUUAAAAACAGUUAAGUGGCACAAUGUAAGUAAGUCGAUGAUUCAUGUAAUAAUGAGAACCCAAUAGAAUUAUAGACACGUUAUCCAUUAUUGUAUAUUUUAGCGGUAUUAAUAAAUUAUUGUUAAAUCGA